AUGGAACAGCAAUUAACAUUGUUACUGCCUAAUAGCCCAAAAGGCGCCAACAAUCUCGAAAUCAUAGAAUACUCUUCUCUUCCCUCUUCCUCCUCCUCCUCCUCCUCCUCCUCUUCCUCCUCCUCCACCUCCUCUCAUAGCCAUCGACCCUUCGUCAAAUUCUUCGUUUACUUCGUUCUCAUCUUUUUCGCUUACUAUUUCAUCAUCUCCAGUUUCACCAUUUCUCCAACUUCCCCAAAUUCGCCAGACUCUGCUUCCGGAAACGUUUCAUCAGCAAAGUGUGAUCUUUUCACUGGAGAUUGGAUUCCAGAUCCAUCAGGUCCUCUCUACACAAACCUCUCAUGUCACCACAUCCAAGAUUUCCAGAACUGUCUCAUGAAUGGACGGCCAGAUGUGAACUAUCUCUUCUGGAGAUGGAAGCCUCGCGACUGUGAUCUUCCUAGGUUCACUCCAUCGCAGUUUCUCCACACAGUGAGGAACAAAUGGUUAGCUCUCAUCGGCGAUUCCAUCGCUCGUAACCACGUCCAGUCUCUCAUCUGCAUCCUCUCUCAGGUAGAAGAAGUGGUUGAGAUCUAUCACGAUAAAGAGUUUAGAUCCAAGAUUUGGAGAUUCCCUUCUCACAACUUCACACUCUCUGUCGUUUGGUCUCCGUUUCUUCUCAGAUCAGAAACGCUUGGAAGCUCCGAUAUCCAGCUUUACCUAGACCAGCUCGACCGCAAAUGGACCGACCAAUAUGCGAAAUUCGAUUAUGUUGUCAUCUCUGGAGGCAAAUGGUUCCUCAAAACCACCAUCUUCCAUGAGAACAACACAGUCACAGGCUGCCAUUACUGCCAAGGCCAGAACAACCUCACCGAUCUCGGCUACGAUUACUCCUACCGCAAAACCCUAACCCUUCUCCGUGACUUCGUCCUUAGCUCGCCGCACAAACCGAUGGUUCUGUUCCGGACCACGACACCUGACCAUUUCGAAAACGGAGAGUGGAACACCGGUGGGUACUGCAACAGAACGAUGCCGUUUAAACAAGACGAGGCCAAGUUGAAAACCGUUGAUGAUGUGAUGCGUGAGGUUGAGCUUGACGUGUUUGAGAAGUUAGGUGAAGGAGGUUUCGGUUUAGGUUCGAAUUUGAGACUGUUAGACACGACGGCGAUGUCUCUUCUCCGACCAGACGGCCAUCCGGGACCGUACCGGCAUCCGAAUCCUUUUGAUGGAGUGAAGGAUAAGAGCUCUGUUCAGAAUGAUUGUCUGCAUUGGUGCUUACCCGGUCCAAUCGAUUCGUGGAAUGAUAUUGUGGUGGAAACCAUUCUUAACCGGGAACGGUAUGAAAGCAAACCAAAUGUCGAAAAGUAG